AUGAAUGAGCAUGAUGAAAUAUAUGUUAUUUCAGAUCGAGCAAAUGAACAUUCCUACAGUGUUGAAAAGUUUAAAUUGGGAGAAUUUAUUAGAAACAAGAAUGCUCCAGCUGUUAAACCAGUUUGGAUUACAUCAGAUACAUGUUCUAAUACGUAUGGAAGUGUAGUAUUUAAUGGUGUGAACACUAGAUAUUUAAUUAUUCUUGACAAUUUUGAAAGUAAUUUAAAAAUAUUUGAUUAUGAGACUGGAUCUUUGAUUAAUAAUACAAUUUUUUCAGUUUAUCCAUAUGCUUAUUCAUUAGGAAAGAUUUCAAACAAGGAAAUAGUUGUUGGAUGCUCUAAGGUUUAUUGA